AUGGCGCCCGGAAGCGUUGGCGUAGCAGCGUGUCCCUCGGCGGACGCCGUCCGCGCCCCACCCCGGAAGCGUUGCCAUGGCGGCGGGCCGUUAGGCAUGGCGCUGCUGGGCGGGCGGGCGCUGGAGCGGGCGCUGUCGCGACAAACCGCGGGUUUUCCUUUCUUCUUUCUUUCGCGGCGCCCCGUGCGCUCCCUGCCGCAGGUCGAGUCGGAGCUGCACAAGAAGCUCGUGAUAGACGCCUGGGGCGACCAGCUGAAGCACCAGCGGCAGCAAGAGGCAACUGAAAGAGAAGAAGAAAAGCGUUUUGAAAAUGAAUAUGAGCGCGCCCGAAGGGAAGCGCUGGAACGAAUGAAACGGGAGGAAGAAAAGAGGCGGCUGGAAGAGAAGCAGCGAGCGGAGAUGUUGUUGCAGCAAAUGGAAGAACUGAAGCUGCAGGAGAUGGAGGCAACUAAACUGAAGAAAGAGCAGGAGAAUUUACUGAAGCAGAAAUGGGAGCUAGAAGAGCUAGAGGAAGAAAGGAAACAAAUGGAGGCGUGCAGGAAGAAGCUGGAGCUCGGUCGCUUUUUGAGACUUGUGUAUAAUGCCAAAUUAAAACAACGUGCACAGCAGAUACAAGAGGAACUGGAGAUGGACAGACAAAUACUUCUAGCCCUCCUUGAGAAGGAAGAUGAGGACCAGCGCCUCCAGUCUGCCAGACGGGAGCGAGCUAUCGCAGAUGCGGCAUGGAUGAAACGUGUCAUUGAGGAGCAGCUCCAGUUAGAGAGGGAACGAGAGGCACACCUGCAGACCAUUUUUAGGGAAGAAGCCAAACAAGUGUGGGAAAGGAGAGAGGAAGAAUGGGAAAAAGAAAGGAAGGCCAGAGAUCGACUGAUGAACGAGGUCCUUGCAGGCAGACAGCACCAGAUCCAAGAGAAGAUGGAGUUCAACAGACGUGCCCAAGAGGAAUCUGUAAAACAGCGGGAAGAGCUGAUCAGAGAGCUGGAGGAGGCAAAGGAGCUGACUCGUCGAGAGAGGGAGGAAGAGGAGGAACUGAAGACGGCUCGCAAGCAGGAGCUAGAGGCUCAGCUCACAGAGCGUCGCCUCCAAGAGCAGGAAGAGCUGGAGCGUCAGAGAGCAGAGGAGGAGGAAGAGAGGCUGGCAGAGCAGCGCCACGAGGAGUUGGUGCAGCAGGAGGCCAAGCGCAUGAUGGAGCAAGGGUAUCGCCACAGGCCCUAUGCUCGUCCGAAAACAGCAUGGACCUGACCAGCUGCUCUGCUGGUGUGAGCAUCUGACAGACUUGGAACAGGCUGUUUGUCUGUUAAAGGACAUCAGGUUUUGUUGUUGGGCUUUGUUUUUGUUCUGUUUUGUGGAAUCAUUUGUAGACCAAGAAUCAAGAGACUUCUGUACUGAAAUGGUUGGGUUAGUACACAGUGGUGUUGGGCUGUGUUCAGAAUGACUGAAGGGUGGAGUUUUCAAGUACUUGGCUUUGACCAAACUCUGCCCCAUUGAAGACAAGGUCCAUUUUCACUGGCAGAAGGGUUAGGCUGGUAGAGCAUGCAUUGAAAACGCUAUCCUAAGUGUGCCAAUGCUUCUGAAACAUUCUAGGUACUUCAGUAGGAGCCACGAAAUUACACAGUGUAGCCCCCAACUGCAGUUCAGAUGGGAACAGUUAUGGAAACAAAACCACACAUUGGCUUUAUAAAAGAGUGAGAGUACUUGACAAAUGCAGGACAGCUGAGGCGAUGAUAUGGAUCCAGUGCCUGUUCUUGUGUACAGCUGAAAGUUUAAGAAUCAGAUUCUCUGCAUUCCAGGGAAAUAAUGUGCAUCUAGAAUCACAGCUAUUUCUCGUCAGUGGCUGCUUCACGCAUUGUAAAUAAGAGUAGUGCCAUAAGUGCAUGUAAGAACUGAUAUACCAUCUCACUUAUUUUUUUUUAAAAUUUCAAUA